AUGGCAUCUGCUCCCAACCCCGGUCAAACACUCCCUAGAAUGCCAGUGGUUGUGCCUGCAAUGGUCCCUCCCUCGAAUGGCGCUGAAGCCUCUACAGGGGCGGCUAGUAACACUGACCCCAGUCCUGAUGCCUGGGACUCUGAAACGCAGCUUGUUUCCUCGCUCGCGAAGCUUCAGAAGAUGGAAGCAAUGAUCCACCAACUACGGACACUGCUUCCCGAGCGCCUUCUGGAACCCCUGGCACCCAUUGUCAACCCCAAGGCCGCUGCGGGAAGAUCCGUCCCCAAGUCACCGCAAAUGCUGUACGAGCAGCUCGCUCAAGCUGCGCGCGCGGGUGUCUCCGAGCUGCAAGAGUUUCAGUCGAUGUGGAGAAGUCCCGAGAUGAAAGCCGUCUGGGAUCGUGUCGACGCGCAGAUUAAAGAAAACGGCGGCGUGAUGCUGCAGCCCACAGGGAAAUGGGAACGAGAUUACGAUACCAUUCUCGCGGAUCUCCGUGAGGAGGAGCAGACUCAGAAUGAGCAGCAGCAGAAAGCUAAUGAGGAGAUGGAGCGAUCGAAGAUCCAGUCUACUGAGGGUGGAUGGAGAGCGAUUGUUGAGGGCUUUGCUCAGAAGAAUGUGCCUGGUGUGCGGGUCUUGGCUAGUCAGACUGAAGCGGCUGUUACUGUUGUGCUUGUCAAGGCUGGAAUAGUGUUCAGGGUCGAGGCUAUUGCUGGUCAGGAUGGGAAUGGGGUUCCUGAUUGGCGGGUCUUUACUAGGACGCCGGGGGGACAGACGCCUUCGAAGGUCGAGACGGCAGUGGCGCAGUGUUUGAAUGCGAGGCCUCGACAGUGGGAUUUGCUCUAUUUACUUGACAUGAUAUCGUCCUACUCGACUAUCAAACAGACACCCUGCGCAAAAUGCGCCAAGAUGACCGACAGCACUGCAACCCUUCCUACCAUUCGCAAACCAUCCUCUACUCCCCAAGAACAGGGGAGUCAAACCUGGGAAGCCUAUCAUCAAGGCUGCACCGAGUGA